AAAACAAAAAAAAUACCGAAAGUAGCCCUACGCGUGAUAAGAAGAAGAAGAGCAAAACUUAGAAAGUGUGUGGGAGUGCGAUGUUCAAUGUGUUUCUCACACCCACUUUAUGCUUUAUUACUUACAAACGAAGAAGAACCCAAUAAAAUAUAGUUGGAAGAAAAGAGAGAGAAAGAGAGGAUCUCAGAGUAGAAGAAGAAGAAGAUGGAGAUGGAUAAGAGAAAGAUGGUGAUGUGUGGUGUGCUAUCACUUCUGGGUUUAUUAUCUGCUGUUACUGCCUUCGCUGCUGAAGCUACCCGAAUCAAGAAAUCUCAGAUCAAGAUUACCACAUCGGACUCAGUCACACAAUGCUCUUACAAGAGAAGUCCAGCUUACAAUCUCGGUUUCGCUUCAGCCAUUUUUCUCAUGAUGGCUCAGAUCAUCGCCAGCGUCGGUAGCGGUUGUUUCUGCUGUAGAAAAGGUCCUUCUCCGACCAGAUCCAAGUGGAUUCUCGCCUUAGUCUCCUUCAUUGUCUCAUGGUUCACUUUUGUGCUAGCUUUUCUCGUGCUGCUCACUGCAGCUUCGCUCAACGAUGAACACAUCCAGGAGACGGAGACGAAGACUGCCGACAGCUACUUCUGCUACAUUGUGAAACCAGGCGUUUUCUUCAUCGGUUCCAUCCUCUCGCUUUUCACUGUAGCCCUUGGGAUUGUCUACUAUCUGUGUUUGAAUUCGGUUAAGCAAAACGUUGCUGCUGCAACAACCACGCCGGUUAACCAAGGAAUAGCAAUGGGACAGCCUCAGAUUCCAGUGAGAGUUGAAGAUCCCGUCUUUGUUCACGAAGACACUUACAUGAGAAGACAGUUCACUUAAAAAAAAAAAAAUACAGAACAAGGCUUGCUUGUGGAUCACGCUAGUUAUAUGGGAGGAUAUUUUAGGUUUUAAAAAGGGCUUGGUGCUUGUUUUGAUUUUUUAUUUUAUUUUAUCUUUUGUGAUUCUCGUGUGAAAGCAAAAACUAUGAGAGACUUGGUAGUAGUUGGAUUAAUGAAUGAUGAAUGAUUACUGUU